GUGUGCCACAGCCUGAUAUUGUGUGGUACAAGGACGCGGUACCCAUAAGCCCUGUGAAGACCCCGCGCUACAGAGUGCUGGCAGGAGGUAGUCUCCAGGUUAACGGCCUUCUGCCUGAUGACACCGGAAUGUUCCAGUGCUUCGCCCGCAACCAGGCCGGAGAGGUGCAGACCAACACCUACCUCGCCGUUACGAGUAUAGCACCGAACAUCACGGCAGGGCCUUCCGACAGCACUGUGAUUGACGGCAUGUCAGUUAUCCUUCACUGUGAGACCUCAGGAGCGCCCCGUCCCGCCAUCACCUGGCAGAAAGGAGAACGUGUGCUAGCAAGCGGUUCGGUUCAGCUCCCGCGGUUCACUCUCCUGGAGUCAGGAAGUUUACUCAUAAGCCCCUCCCACAUAUCAGACGCCGGCACCUACACCUGUAUGGCCAGCAACUCCCGUGGCAUAGACGAGGCCUCGGCCGACCUCGUGGUCUGGGCACGUACACGCAUCUCUAAUCCUCCUCAGGAUCAGAGUGUCAUCAAAGGAACAAAAGCCACCAUGACCUGCGGUGUGACGCAUGACCCCAGCGUCUCAGUCAG